ACGAUAUUAUAUUACGUUUGAUAACUUAAGUUAAUUUUGUACCAAAAAAUAAACAAACCUGCCCCGGAAGUAGUUCCUCCUGGUGCCACGUCAGAGCUGUAAACUCCUCAUCGGUGCUGCUCCUAGCUGUGCAGCUCUCUGCAUCUUCUUAUUUCUGUAACCAUGCUUUACCUGAGACUAAGCUGUUUUCUGCUGCAUGUGUUGGUAGUGUUUGGGACUGAGCUCACAUUUGAGCUCCCUGACAACGAAAAGCAAUGUUUCUACGAGGAUCUAGAGAAAGACGUGAAGUUUGAUAUAGAUUUUCAAGUCAUUGCAGGAGGCAACUAUGAUGUGGACAGCUUUGUCACCGAUCCUCUGAACAAUGUCCUGUACAAUGAGAAGAAAAAGCAGUAUGACAGCUUCUCUCACACCACUGCUAUGAAGGGAGUCUACAAGGUCUGCUUCAGCAAUGAGUUCUCCACUUUUACGGAUAAAACCGUGUACCUGGAUUUCCGCCAUGGAGAUGAGGAGCCUAUCAUUCAGACCAUGACUGCUCCGGUAGCACUGACUCAGUUGGAGUCGUCCUGCGUGUCUCUUCAUGAGAUCCUGAAGGUGGUGGCUGACUCGCAGACGUGGUACAGGCUACGAGAGGCACACGACCGCACAAAAGCUGAGCACCUCCUGGAGCGGGUCACCUACUGGUCCAUCGGAGAAACCGUCCUGCUGUUUGUUAUCGGCAUCGGUCAAGUCAUGAUGCUUAGGAGCUUCUUCAGCGAGAAGAAGGGCUCAGUGGCAGCCCCAACUUAAAACUAUGUUCUCUGAUGUGCCCUGAGAAAGACCUGUUGAACCUCGUCCAUGUGAACCUGUUUGCUUCAUGAGAUUAGCACACGUCUUGUAGUAUUUCCAGCAAACCUUUUUUGUCAAAUAGGUAGUUUGGGCAGUCUUUUUCUUGUUUUUAGCUGCCUAAAAAAUGCCUCUUUCUUGUCUGUGUGAAACAGAACUCGCACUUGAAAUUGACUAAUUUCAGCCUUGCACAUAUUACCUCCUCCAUGAAGGUUAUGUUUACAGUUUAUAACUUUGGGUCAUAGGAAGACUUGCUCCAUUUUUCCAUAAAUUUGGUGGGAAGUUGUGCCAAGUAAAAGCUUGUUUGAUGUUUCAGAUUAUCUGAUGUACACAUCAUACUCGCGUAAACACCCUUGGCGGAGGUCUGUGCUUUCUGAGUGCCCUUCUAGUAUAUUAUAUUUUAUGGUGCAAAAUAAAGAAAUUCAAUUUGAUUCAUCUGUCAAUGACCCGGAUUGCUUUUACAGAGUGUCAUCUGAAUAUCCAGCACGUUGUGGCACAUCAGUUUUUUCUGAAUGUUAUUUGUUCUUGUUUUCUAAUGUUAAUUAUGUCUGUUAUUUACUUAAUUUAUGUACAAAAGAAUUGUUUAAAGAGAUGUAAGAGCUCAUGUCCUUCUGUAUCUCAUACAAAAGUGCCUUUAAAAAUCUUUCUUUUUUCAUUUCCUACCAAAUUUUAAGUUUACUGUUUUAAUUUCUGGUUUUGUGGUUGCAUCUUGUUGUUACUGAUUGGUUGGAUUCUCAGUUUCUUAGUUUUUACAUGCGGGUGUGAUUACAAGUUCAUGUUAUUUCUUAAAGAUACAUGUUGACCAAUAAGUAUGGCUUUCACUUUUCACCAAGAAAGUUAUUCUUGCAGUUCUUUGUUUGUCUGUAUUGUCCCAACAACCUGUUAACAGAUUUCAAUAAAACCUGGUGGAAAGUA